UCUCUCUCUCUUUUCUUUAAUUUUUUUAAAGAUGGGAUGGAGUGAUGUCACCUCAUUCCUGUGUGGGCAUUCAUUCCAUAAGCAGUGUGUUUCCAGAGCGAUGCUGUUUACCAAAACGCAAAAGCAGUAUUACGCAGUGGAGCGACUUUACUCGUGGAGCGUUGGAUUGUGAACUCUGUUCUUCUCACAGUGAUAUUUUCGGAAUUCUGUGUGCCCGUCGGGGAUGACCUGUAAUGAAGGAUUUGCUGUUUGGGGAAAUGCAUUUGUGCAGGCACUGCGUCAUAUGUAGGCUACUCUGUUUGCACUGACCAGGAGCGUUGCGCGCAACGUAUCUCUCCGAGUUGGACGGCAGCUUAGCGCACCCAGUCUUAGCUGUUUUGGAAAGGGAAAGGCAGCAAAACCACAACCAUGAUACGAAAGGACAAGUUGGAGUCAGAAUGGAUUUAACCCAGGUAAAGCUGUUGGUGGAAAACGUGUCCAACGAUGAGAACACCACAGACGCACCGCUUGGCUUGCCACACACGCAGGCAGCCACUGCCCUCAUCAUACUGGUAGUUACUGUGAUCAUUUCGGUGACCAUUGUAGGUAACGUGUUGGUGAUUGUAGCGGUGCUGACCAGCCGUGCUCUCCGUGCGCCCCAGAACCUUUUCCUGGUCUCUCUGGCAUCGGCGGACAUCCUGGUGGCCACGCUGGUCAUCCCAUUCUCCCUCGCCAAUGAGGUCAUGGGCUACUGGUACUUUGGAAGUACUUGGUGCGCCUUCUAUCUGGCUCUGGACGUGUUGUUCUGCACCUCAUCCAUCGUGCACCUGUGCGCCAUCAGCCUGGACCGCUACUGGUCAGUGACAAAGGCGGUCAGCUACAACCUGAAGCGGACACCUAAGCGCAUCAAGUCCAUGAUUGCUGUGGUGUGGGUUAUAUCAGCUGUCAUCUCUUUCCCUCCUCUUCUCAUGACCAAACAUGAUGAACGGGAGUGCCUGCUGAACGAUGAGACCUGGUACAUACUCUCCUCCUGCCUGGUAUCCUUCUUCACUCCUGGUCUCAUCAUGAUUCUGGUUUACUGUAAGAUUUAUAAAGUGGCAAAGCAGCGCUCCUCCACCGUGUUCGUGGCCAAGAACGGCCUGGAGAGGCAGCCCUCUCAGUCCGAGACCUGUUUCGACAGGAAGGACCGGUUCGAGACGGAGAGCCCCAGUAGCCAGAGCUCCGGCAGCCACCAGCAGAAGCAGGGAGAGCUGGAUGACAUUGACCUGGAGGAGAGCUGCUGUCCGUCGGAUACUAAACCCCGCAGUCAUCGCUUUAGUAAGCGGAGAAAGGUGGAGGGGUCAGACCGCUGCCCGCCCCAGAACUGCCGUCUGUCUUGGGCUUCAGCACGGGCGUUACAGCUCUACCCGGAGCAGAAGAACCCAGCUGUGCGACAACAACUGGCCGCGGCCAACAAGACAAAAGUGGCCCAGAUGCGUGAGAAACGUUUCACCUUCGUCCUGGCGGUAGUGAUGGGGGUGUUUGUGCUUUGCUGGUUCCCCUUCUUCUUUACUUACAGCCUGCAUGCAAUCUGCAGAGACAGCUGCCAUAUCCCCGGCGCACUUUUCAACCUUUUCUUUUGGAUUGGUUACUGCAACAGUUCCGUGAACCCAAUAAUAUACACUAUUUUCAACAGGGAUUUCAGGAAAUCCUUCAAGAAAAUCAUAUGUGGAACAUCUAAACGCACAUAAGGGAUCUCAUUCAAUGGGAAGGAAUUACAUUAUUAGAACUCAUUUUCUCUGAUUGUUUUCCCUCCCCAAAUUCAUUUCAAUGUAGCCUACUGUCAUAUUAAAACAAAACAGAACCAGUGUUGUGUGCACAUUUAAAAGUCAAUGAAUAAAACUAAAGCAAAAGAGCAAAACAAAAGAGAAAUAUUUUCAGUGCACCAGUGUUGCAAACCUACUGCAAUCAGUUAUUUAGGCUAAUACUAUAACACACAUGCGUUGUAAUUAAUGUAAUAUAUAUAGGUCAUUGUAUAAUAAGUCCUGUAACCAUGCAACUUUAAACAAGAAAUGUCUGUAUUGGACCAAUCUUUUAGCAAAAGGAAAGAGCUAAAUUUGAAGUCAUGAAGGCAGCUGGAUUCCAGUGCUGACUGCUGGUUCACAGGGGGUGUUUUGUGUAAAGAUAAAAAAGUAUAUUAAUUUGCACCAUAUACAAGAUAUGAUCACGAUGAUAAACAGGCAAGCAAGUAUUGCCUGUGAGUGUGUGUGUGUCAUG